CAGAAGACUUCAUCCAGCCACACACCGUCUGCACACUCGAACUCCAAAUGGCCUUCAUCACUGAUAUUAAAGUGUCUCUGAACAAAAGUGAGGAAGAUAAUCUCCGUGGCCAGGGCUACCUCUCAGUUCCUGGUAAUCUCAACAAAGGAACCAAUGGAGAACGAAUCCACUUUUGGUACAAAAGAGGUCCGAAUAAUGGAAUCACUGCCAUUCAGAUUUCAUUCAACAUGGAGAUGACUGAUGGCCUGAAGUCUGCAGGGUACCAGAAGAUUGACAAAAAUCUUAAUGAUGGAUGUGGUGGAGACAAAAUCUACCUGUGGUUCAAAAAUCGUUCCACAGCGUUGGAUGUUCCCAUUGUGCAACUUCAUGUCACCACAGAAGAAGAAGAUGAUGCUGAGAUGUUUGGAUUGGGCUGGGAGAGACUGGCCUGUAAUCUGAACCGGAAGGCAGGAGGAAACUGGAUCCACCUGUGGGUGCAGAGAGAGAGACCAACCUACAUCUGUGACAUCAAGGCCACUGCUUUGUAUAAAGGAGAUGCCAACAACUUCAAUGCUUGCUGGAACAGAGUGGAUGAAAACACCAACAGAGGUACAGAAGGAGACCCAGUCUUCAUCUGGUACCUUCAGACCCACGAACAGUCGAAGUCCAUUAAAAAUGUGGACGUCUCCACCAAUGAUCAAGAGUAUGGCAAGCUUGAUCGUGAAGGUUAUACAAAGGUGAACCAGGAUCUGAAUCAGGGGAGCGGAGGAAACCAGGUGUACCUGUGGUACAAGAAAGAC